AUGCCUUCCGCUCUGCUCAUCGGCGACAUUAUACACGCGCGCAAGGAAUGGGAGAGUUUCUCCUCCAUCCUGACGCUCAAAGAAUUCCCCAGCGGCGGCAGACAAGCAUUCAUCCAGAACUGCCAGGCCGGCCAGUACGACGACGUCGUUGCCAUCUACCGGUCCAAUACGUCCAACAAGCAUACUGGUCCCUUUAACUCGGAGUUAGUUGCCGUCCUCCCGCAAACCCUGCGCUACAUCUGCCACAACGGCGCGGGCUAUGACAACAUCGACAUCGCUGCCUGCUCGCAGCGCAACAUUGCUGUUUCCAGCACGCCAGUCGCAGUGAACAACGCCACCGCCGAUGUGGGCAUCUUCCUCAUGAUUGGCGCAUUGCGACAGGCCUACGUGCCACAGGCGGCUCUUCGCGCUGGAACCUGGCAGGGAAAGACCACAUUGGGCAAUGAUCCCAAGGGCAAGGUGUUGGGGAUUCUGGGGAUGGGGGGUAUUGGACGGGAAAUGGCAGUGCGAGCCAAAGCCUUCGGCAUGAAGAUCCAGUAUCACAAUCGCUCGCGGCUGCCCGCUGACCUGGAAGGAGGCGCGACGUACGUCUCGUUUGACGAGCUGUUGGCGAAUGCGGACGUGCUGAGUCUGAACCUGGCGCUGAACGCAUCCACGCGCCACAUUAUUGGUGCGACGGAAUUCGGCAAGAUGAAGGAUGGUGUAGUGGUCGUAAACACGGCGAGGGGAGCCUUGAUUGACGAGAAGGCGCUGGUCGCGGCGCUCGACUCGGGCAAGGUGCGCUCUGCCGGUCUGGACGUGUACGAGAAUGAACCCGAGAUUGAGCCUGGGUUGGUAAAUAACCCGCGCGUGAUGUUGCUGCCGCAUAUUGGCACGAUGACCUUCGAGACGCAGCGGGAGAUGGAGAUUUUGGUGCUGGAUAAUCUGCGGUCGGCGGUGGAGAAGGGGGAGUUGCUCACGCAGGUACCAGAGCAGAAGCGGCAGGCCAAGCACCUGACCUCGCAAAAAUCCACACUCGAAGAAUCCGCGACCGACAGCGGAACCCAUCACCACCCGACAAAGGACCAUCGACUUCCUCUCGCCAACUCCUCCAAGAUGGUCCGUUACGCCGCCCAGGAGAUCUCGGCCACGAAGAGCGCCCGCGCGCGGGGCUCGUACCUGCGUGUCAGCUUCAAGAACACCCGUGAGACCGCCCAGGCCAUCAACGGCAUGAAGCUGCAGAAGGCCCUCACCUUCCUCGAGAAUGUCACCACCAAGACCAUGGCCGUCCCCAUGCGGCGGUACGCCGGCAGCACCGGUCGCACUGCUCAGGGCAAGCAGUUCGGUGUUAGCAAGGCCCGCUGGCCCGUCAAGUCCGCCGAGUUCCUCAUCGAUCUCCUGAAGAACGCCGAGGCCAACGCGGACACCAAGGGUCUCGACACUGGCAACCUGGUCGUCAAGCGCAUCCAGGUGAACCAGGCUCCCAAGGGCCGGAGACGCACUUACCGUGCCCACGGUCGCAUCAACCCCUACAUGACCAACCCCUGCCACAUCGAGCUCAUCCUCACCGAGGCCGAGGAGCAGGUCGCCAAGGGACCCUCGGAUGCCCUCAAGCCCCGCCUGUCCUCCCGCCAGCGUGGCUCCCAGAUCCGCCGUGCCCUCACUGAGGCAUAG